GGCUGGGGUGGCCUUUUCACAGUGGAUGAUGCUUUUAUUUUCGCUAUUCCAAUCGGUUUGAGCUAGAGGGUGCUGAUGGUAGUCCAUCCAUAGUAUUUCUCUGUCGACUUUGUGUUAACCCGCUGGUCGUUUUUGUAGAAGAGUUCUCCUCUGGUUUGUGAUGUGGAGGCUUCGAAUCUUAGUUUUUUUUCUCAGGGGACUGCAGGGUCGGUAUCGUGUUUGUCAUAUAUAGUCAGUAAUAUCAACGGAGGGAUUCAGUGUUUGUCUAUGACUGAUCGAUUCUGGUCGUUCGCCAUAUUGCUUUCGCUAUCCGUGGUCGAUUCGUUUACUUUUGUAGCAGGAUUCUGAGUGGAAGUGCCCUCUAUUUUAACUUCUCGUAUAUCGCUAGUUGUUUGCGUAACUCUCUAUCGUGUGUUGUUGGAUUCCAGCCUCCAGAUCCUUCAAGGGGGUAAAGAGGCUCGCAUCUUCUUCCGAUACAGUCUCUAGUGAAAUGUCCAUUGGUCGAGGGGUUGCCUGGUCAUCGUUUGACUUCAAAACAAUUACCUCGGAUCUUUCGACUGGCCGUCUCAAUUUCGGAGCUUUCAAAGCCGACAUUUCUUACAGGUUUUUUUUUAUCACCUUGGGUCCCUUAUUCACUAAAUUUAAUAGUUUCUAUUCCUUUUUUACCUUCUUUUCUAACUUCGGCUAGUUUUUGUUUGGCUAAACCAGACUUUUUAUGUAGAUACUAGUUUUAGUGAGACUGUGUGAUCUGUCUCUCUUACGAUUCUUUCAUUUGCUUUUUGUAAAGUGCAGUCUUUUUCUUAUCGUGUACUUUCCUGAAUAUGAUGGGCUUACCCGAGGGUGCAAAACCUAAGGCCUUUUCAAUCCUUGUAGGGACGGGAUCAGCUACACUUAAGGCCUUUCAAUUCUCUGUUCUUGACAUAACCUUUACAGGAGACCCAGAACAAGCGGGCAUAAAGUUUGUGGAUCGGUCUUCUGAGGUUGAUGAACUGUAGUUGUCCAAAUGGCUGGCCUUGAUAUAGUCAAGGCGUCCCAAACGUGUCUCUUUUCUCUGUACAUCAAUUUUCUUUCUUUGUCCGGGCAUAACAAAACUUUAUUCCAAAUUAAAUGGUCUGACGAAAGACUUUUGACCAUUUUAUGCCACAUAGUGUUCGUUUUUUUCCAAAAUGUACUUUGAAAGGCGAGUAAUUUAGCGAUUGUUGAUUUUUAGCUCAUAAACAAUUGUGGUUUUUUACUAGAGCCAUAACCAUUAAUACAUUUCUGAUUGUCCUGCCAAUUGUUCAACUACACCUGACUCCCAGCGAUUGUUCACUGAGCAAAAUAAUAAAGUCAUAUUUUGGUCCUGAAAAAGUUUGCAUACUUCCUCCGAAAUUUCGAAAUAGAUCCCGAACCUUGGUCGAUUCUAAAUGAUCAAGGGAUUCUGUGUAAACCAAUAUAGUUCAGGAGGAAAUUUUCUACUAGCCAAACAGCUAUAUGUUUUGUGAGCUGAAGUUUUUUUUGCCUGUUACUUUCGAAACCCAAAGUGACCUGGGUGCGUUUCAUGAAGACAUUAGAUCAAUUCGGCUCUCCGGCAUGUGUGUAUGACCUGACUUACUUCGAAGUAAGACAUUAUCCUGUGACAUAGAGGUUUAAGAGGUAUGGUUUGUAGUAGAUCUCGAGCUAUUGUUGUAUCCUCGUUCCCUCGUUCUUCGAUAGCCCUUAAGAAUUUCUUGAGCACUAGAUCUUAAUAUGCGGCGAGUAAAGACAUCAUUAUAGAAACAGAACUUUCUGGUCAAUAUGAGUUAUGACCUCUGGCCUGUACUCAUAGAGCAAUUUCAGAUAAGGUACACCGUCUGUUCGUCUUGAGUAAUUUCAGAUAAGGUACACCCGUCUGUUCGUCACGCUAUCUUAUUUUCGGCCGGAUAGAAUCGUGCAACUUCUUAGUCUAAUACCAAUCUUAAUCUUACUCUUAUAUAUCCUAGUCUCAAUAGAUCUAGUGCAUGCUGAUUUUUGCGGGAAAAGAGACAGUGACCGUGUACUGUGAGGUGAUGGGGGACAAGACCCACCCGGAGUACCUGAAGGAGGGUGGUGCCUUCUUCACCUCCUUCGUGGGGGAGUAUCUAGCCCACAUCAACGACAAGGAGAUGGGGGAGUAUGCCGAUGGGUGUAUGGAUGUGGAGGAAGAGGAUGUUGAGACAGUUAAGAGUCUGUUGGGGUCGGCAAAGUUCAGACAGGCACUCGCCAAGUUCUGCCGCAUAGACGCAGAUGGUAGUGGACAAAUAUCAGAAGAAGAAGUCAAACAGGAGUUUGGAGAGGGGAGUGGCAAGUUCCUGAAGAGAGUACAGGACUCUGAUGGCGACAACAUGAUAUCCAUGGCAGAGUACAUGCUAAUGCUCAAGUAGGCGAAAGACCACCCCACGCUCUAACUGCCCAAGAACGUGUUCACAGAAAAGAACUGAAACAUAACAAAAGAAAUUAUUUAAAAAUUCGUAGAUACAAUUUCAUACACAUGUAAAAGCACUGGAUUAUUACAGCUUACUAAUUAGACUUAUUCUUGUUUUUUGACGUGUUGAAUUACAUAUAGGCAAGACUAACCAUUGCUAUUGUAUUUAUUCCUCUAUCUCAAUUUAAAAUUUUUAAUGUCUCCAA